AUGGCUUGGAUCACGCGGCCCAAGCGCAAGGCGCUGUCCAAAGAGGAGCACGAGGAGAAGAAGAAGCAGGCUGAGGAGGAGAAGCGAGCACAAGAGAAGAGGCGGCAGGACAGGGCAAGCGCUCCUGAACAGUCGACGACGAUUGGCAAGGGGAAAGCGAAGGCGCCCAUGCAGGAGAAACUCUCCGAGGAGGAGAAACUUUCCAACUGCAGAGCGUGGUUUGAUAGUUGGAGAAAACGCGUCCUCGGUGGAAACCCGCAAGCGUUGGCGGCCUCAGAGGAGCGGGAGCAGAAAGGUUUUGGGCCGACGAAGGCGCACUUCAGACUGGCCUACGGUAAAUGGGAUGCGACGAAGCAUUUCUCGGACAAGCCGCUGGGCAACGAGUGGAGUACCGUGGCGAGGUGA